GAACAAUCCAUUAGUGCUUGUGCAAGUAAAAGGAUCAGUGAAUAUAACAUCUGUAUGAAAACAUUUAAUCAUCUACAUGAAUUACGGAGACACAUGAGUAUACCUACAGAUGAAAAAUCUUAUAAAUGUGAUGUGUGUGGAAAGGCUUUCAAACACCCAUAUGACAUACAGAGACACAUGAGAACACAUACAGGUGAUAGACCUUAUAACUGUGAUGUGUGUGGGAAGGCAUUCAAACUGUCCCAUCACUUAAAGUAUCACAUGAGAAUACACACAGGUGAUAGACCUUAUAAAUGUGAUGUUUGUGGAAAGGCAUUCAGCCAGUUGCUGAUUUUAAAGAGUCACAUGAGCACACAUACAUUUGAAAAACUUUAUAAAUGUGAUGUUUGUGGAAAGGCAUUCAGCCAGUCACGGAUUUUAAAGAGACACGUAAGCACACAUACAGGUGAUAAACCUUAUAAAUGUGAUGUUUGUGGGAAAGCAUUCACUCAGUCAAGUACCUUACAGAGGCACAUGAGGAUACAUACAGGUGAUAAACCUUAUAAAUGUGAUGUGUGUGGGAAUGCAUUUAAACUGUCACAUCACCUACAGGAUCACAUGAGGACACAUACAGGUGAUCAACCCUAUAAAUGUGAUGUGUGUGGGAAAGCAUUCACUCAGUCAAGUACCUUACAGAGGCACAUGAGGAUACAUACAGGUGAUAAACCUUAUAAAUGUGAUGUGUGUGGAAAGACAUUCACUCAGAAAACUAUCUUACAUGCUCACAUGAGGAUAAAAACAGGUGAUAAACCUUAUAAAUGUGAUGUGUGUGGAAAGUCAUUCAAUUGUUCAAAAUAUUUCAAAAGACAUUGUAGGAGACAUAGUGGUGACAAACCUUACAUAUGUGGUUUGUGUAAGAAAACGUUCUAUGAAAAAGCGGAUUUAAAUAAACACAUGAGGACACAUGCAAAUGGGAACUUUAUAAUGUGAUGGAUUUAAAAAGGCAUUCAAACA